GUCAGCAUUGUACAACUCUGACAGGAUUUUCAGGGUCAGGAGAUGUCCUGUGAGCUAUGUGGUCGCUUCAUGAAUGAGACCUAGGCAAGAGCUAAUCCCAUUUCCAUGGCUGAGAUGUGGAAUUAAAGGAAGUUUGCAGGCAGAAACAACAUGAAGCCAGUAAUCGUGGUUCAUGGUGGAGCUGGUCGCAUCUUUAAAGAUAGAGAAGACGGAUGUCGUUCUGGUGUCACCAGAGCAGCGCUGAAAGGUUACGGUAUCCUUAAAAAUGGAGGGAGUGCAUUAGAUGCAGUGGAAGAAGCUGUGGUAGUAAUGGAAGAGGAUCCACAUUUUAAUGCAGGUCGUGGCUCUGUGUUAAAUGAGAAGGGCGAAGUGGAAAUGGAUGCCAUUAUCAUGGAUGGAAAAAAUCUAGCCUCCGGAGCUGUAUCUGCAGUGAAAUGUAUAGCCAACCCAAUAAAGCUCGCCCGCCUUGUCAUGGAAAAGACAGACCACAUGUUGCUGACGGACCAGGGUGCCUCUGCCUUUGCUAGGGGCAUGGGAGUUCCUGAGGUUCCUGGAGAGAAACUGAUCACAGAAAGGUCACUGGAGAGGUGGAAGAAAAACCUUGAGGCUGAUUCGAACCCUCAACAGUUUCAAAAAGACCUUGGAACAGUUGGAGCCGUUGCUAUCGACAGUGCAGGAAACGUUGCUUGUGCAACAUCAACAGGGGGACUCACGAACAAACGCAUCGGCCGCGUUGGUGAUACAGCGUGUAUAGGAAGUGGAGGUUAUGCAGAUAACAAUGUUGGUGCCACUUCUACCACAGGCCACGGAGAGAGCAUUAUGAAAGUGGUUUUGGCAAGACUUAUCUUGUAUCACAUGGAACAAGGAAAAUCACCAGGAGAUGCUGCUGACUCUGCCCUAGAUUGCAUGAAAACUAGAGUCGGGGGAUUGGGUGGGGUCAUUGUGAUCAGCAAUUCAGGAGACUGGGCUGCACGAUUCUCCACCCAGGAGAUGUCCUGGGCUACAGUCAAGGAUGACCAACUGCACUGUGGCAUUCAUGCUGGGGAGUGGCACACACAACCAGCCGAAGAAGCUAUUGGCUCCCUGGGAUCUUAAGCAGAAGUGAAGGAAGUGGAAGUAACACAGCACAAUCAAGAUUAUAGACCUUUGUUGGAAACUGAAUCUGUUGUCCCCUUUCUGAAAGGACCUUCUCACCAAAUUCCAGUUCAGAUAUUCAUAGUGCUGGUUUUUUUGCAGCCAAGCUAAAAUAUAGAAGGAGACAUAGUGGGCUUAAGGAUGGCUUUGGUGAGCAUAUAUAAGCUAUCCAAAGCUUUGGUUUCUUAGUCACACAACUGAAUUGCAGAAAGUGACUAGGCACAUCUUCAGUGGGGUGUAUUUGAUAAGAUAUGCAGUCUUCACAAUGGCCAUUAUAUUGAAGGCAGCUUCUCCUAUAAUGUGAUUAUGCUGGGAAACCAGUGUCCAUAAUAGAGCAAACAUAGUCUGGUGUCCCAGAUCUUGUUUUUAUCUUAUGUACCCAUGUCACAAUCCUCUGUAUCCCUCCAUCAUGCCUCCCUUGAACUGCUUACCUGGGCUGCCUGCCUGCCUGUAUGUCUGUGCUCUGGAUCUCUUCUACCCACCUUUCCUGGGCCACUUGCCUAGGUCAUCAUCCUGCCCAUCUUCCAAUUCCUUCAUCUGGGCCUGCAUCUCCAUCCUCUGGAUCCCUUAUACUCGCUUUGCCUUGGUCGUCCACACUGCUGCUUGUCAUGCCACCUGUCUAUGGUGAAGUGAACUGCAGCAUGACAACAUCCCUAUACUGGAGAGAAAAUCUUAGAAUCUUAGAGUUCGAAGGGACCUUGAGGAUCAUCUAGUCCCAUGCUCUGUUCAUUUCAGCAGCAUUUGUUAUGCAAACUUUGAGAAGAACUGGGAUGAUAGCAACCAUAGAUUACUCCCAAAUGCUGUAACUGAAAUAUUAAGAAAUUUCCUUACAUUUUUUCCUAUUUACAAUCAGUACAGAAAAGAAUGUAGGGACAUAAUAGUUCUCAUGUUUAGGGAAACAUGCAAUAGAAUUCAAAGUUUUGUUUUGAGAUAGCAGACUUCUUGAAUAGAUUUCAUUUGAUUGUAUGACAAAUCAAAGGCUAAGUGAAAUAAUGUGAUAGCAUAGCCUAUAGGUGUCUUUCUUGAAGUAGUAUAUUAAUUGCAAGAAUAAGCUGCUGUGCAUAAAAUUGCACUAGUGUUUAUAUGGUAAUAUGUUUUUUGAGGUACUUAUAGUACCGAAAUAGAAAUUUACAGAGUGAAAUGUAUUUUCUCAUGAUAAUGCUUAUAAGGAAGAUGCUUCAUUUUUUGACAAGGUAUUUGUAAUUUUAUCCCUUGCUUUUCCUUUUAUUCUUUUCAUGCUAAUGUAAUUCAGUAAUUUAAGUCUUAUUUAGAUAUUGCCUUGAUCCCAUACCACUUUUUCCAUCUGGGAAAUAAUCAGUGCUAUGUUGAUGUGCAACAUGUUCUUAUGAAAAUAAAUGCCAAUAAAAUCUAGUACAGUAUAUUUUAAAA